GAGGGCUCAGAACCAAAUUGUGCAGCCAAGUGGAAAGUAGCGCGAGAGCAGAAGCGAAGCGAACGAACGAAAGUGUAUUCGCGAGAAAAAAAAAGGAAGGAACCUCGCUGUGUGCAAUUAAAUUAUUGGUGAAUAAAAUAGAACAAGUGCCCGUAAGGAACUAAUAUGUGUCUACAAGAGAUGGAGAAUCGUCGAGUAGAUGGCUUGAGUGAACAGCUGUUGAGCGAGCGCAUUAUGGGUGAAUUUAGUGUGCCAAGUGAAGAAAUGAGCAAGUUGAAGGACACACGUAGUGCUGCUCCGGUGGAGGAGGAACUUUACCGUGACAUGCUUGCCGGAGGCACCGAAGCCACCCGGAAGUUGUUCGAGGACAUCAAACGCUUGGGGGACAUGCUUUGUCACAGUACCCCGUACAAAAUCCUCACUCGAACCACGCAACCAUCGCAUGCCAUCUCGAUGCUGUUCGUGUCCUUUAUGCUGCUGGUGCUGUGGCCGAACAUAGUAGGCCAACAGUCGGCAUCCGGUAGCGAUUGUGUCCGACCGCAAACCCGUGCCAACGUGUUGGUUUCGCUGGCCUACUUCGGUUCUUUUGCGAUGCACUUCGGGGCGCAGAUGUGGAUGACUUUUGUGUCGGGUCUAGCGCUAUACUUUAACCUGCCACGUCACACGUUCGGUCGAAUCCAGGAGAUCCUGUUUCCGAAGUAUUUUUCCAUGGGAACGGGACUCAGUGUGGUAACGCUGCUGGCGUUCAUUAAGUUGCAGCAAACGGCUCAUCCGGAACUGAUUACGGCGUCACUUAACAGCUGGGAACCGAUGCUACUGGUUCAGCUGGCUUCGCUGGCUCUGUGUGCCGUGCUGGAGUUGAUCGUGUGGCUCUAUCUGGCACCUCCGAUGCUACGUUUGAUGCAUCUCAAGUAUAACUUUGAAGAACGGGAAACCGUCGGUCAGGAGGUGGGACAAUUCAGCGGAACAGAAAAUGCUCAGCUCCGUCGGUCAAGUCCGUAUCAGAAUGUGCACAAACGCUUCCGACAGAUCCAUAUGGCGACGGCUUCGGUCAAUAUGGGAUCACUGCUGUGCACCUUUAUCCAUCUGCACUAUCUGGCGUCGCGGGUCGAACUGCACUGAAAAAUGUAAGCCGUUUUUUUGCCCCGUUUCGUUGCGGCCGCCAUUUUGUAGACUGAGACGUGAGGUUUAUUAGCCAAAGUAUUAGCGAUGGAAAAAUUCCAGCUGUAUAAGCAGUAUUAAUUUCAGAAGGGAGUUGCAAAAAGGUUAGAAUCAAAAUUUCUCCCAGAAUCUAGUCGAUUUGAGUUUAGGAACAAAAAGAGCGUAGCUCAUAACCGGAGAAGGAAAAAAAAACUGAGACUGAGUUGGACACGCGUUUAAGGUCUAGUUGGAAGCACUAUUUUCUACUUCAGAUCCGCCAUCAGGUUAGAGGUUUCUGUUCACUGUGAGCACUGAAUUUAGGUGACUAUUGCAAGAUGAGAUUAAAUAGUUCCGAUAGUUUAAAACUAUUACUAGUAGCCGUAAGUUCGAUUUAGUAGCCUAUUUAUUGCAAUAUUCGAACAUUUCUGUGUGUUAGGAGAGAAAACCAAAUAAUGAAAAAGCGAGAAUAAAGAUCUGAAGUAGUGUUCUUAGUUUGUAGACUAUAGGAAACAACAAGUAAUCAGUAGUCUUAAGUAGCUAAAAUUAUCGAUCGUUUAGUGCUUUUAAUUGUCGUGUAGCGACAGCUAAAUAUUUAUUGUUCCACACCCUACUAGAAGCUUAUAUGAACUGAAGCUAAUAUUUAAUGGUUAGAAUAUGAAAAUUUAGUUACACGAAUUUAAAUCAAUUCCUAAAGAAGGAAAAAAUAAUAAAGAAAAUGAU